GAUGGUACCACUUACCUUUUGAACGACUUUUGUGCAUUUCACGUUUUAUUCCAGCGUACAGCAAUGUAUGCAGCGUCUGAGUGCGGUCAUCUUGACGUCGUGAAAUACCUAUUAGAAAAUAUUGCGAAUCUCAGCUACAAAAACUCCGGGCUCAGAUCAUUGAAUAUUGCGUCGCAGAAUGGUCACCUCGGCGUCAUGAAACAUCUGCUCGAAAUAUUGUUCUAUUCAAAUUUAGAGAAGAAAGGCGAGAAAUUAUCAUUGAUGACCGCUUCAGCGAACGGUCACAUUGAAGCUGUCAAAUAUUUGGUUGAUAGAGGGGCUCCAAUUGAUGUGAAGACUGGUGACGGGAUUUCACCGUUUUGGAUCGCAUCUCAAAAUGGCCACCUCGACAUAGUGAAACAUCUGGUCAACAUGGGAAGCGAAAUUAAUAUUACAGACAGAUACGAGUGGACUCCUUUGACGAUUGCGAACUCUAAAGGUCAUUUGAGUGCUGUAAAGUAUUUGUUAGAACAAGGAGCUUUUGUCGAUUAUGAGGGCGACAGCGAGGCAAAACUAUUGUAUAUUGCUUCGGAAGGUGGUAACGUUGACACCGUAAAAUACUCUAUCAAAAAUGGAACUCACAUUGACACAAGAACAGGAAACGUGGUAACACCAUUAACAAUAGCCUCUCGGAAUGGACAUUCAGAAGUUGUAAAAACUCUGAUAAAAGGUGGUGUUGAAAUCAAUGCAAAAAGUAAAGACGAAAAGACUGCACUACACGUUGCUUCGGCUAAUGGAAGACUUGACAUCGUAAGACUUCUGGUACUAAAUGGGGUAAAUGUUCUUGCAAAAGACGAACAAGGGAACACACCACUUAAUAUUGCAUCACAGAAUGGCUAUCUUGAAACUGCAAACGUUUUGUUGGAAUACUGUGCGAACGUCAAUUUAAGGACGAAUUGGAAAUGGAAAGCACUACAUAUGGCAUCGUACAGAGGUUACGUUGAGAUUAUGAACAUUUUGCUUCAAAAUGGAGCAGAUAUUGAUGCGCCUGGCUUGAACCAGUGGACACCACUGCAUAAAGCAUCGUUAAGUGGUUGUUUUGAAGCCGUUGAUGUUCUGGUCCAAAGUGGAGCCGACAUAAAUGCGAAGACGAAGGAUAAUGGAAGGUUUCUUAAGAACGUUAUUGUCAGUAGGAUUCCCAAAUUGUAA